UUUGCCGCUAGAUGGCGGCACACAAACACUCACGCUGGCGCUGUAGAUAACCACUUGGAGUUACGGUGGAUAAGUUUUCUGAAAUACCGACAAUACCGUGGGUAUCCUACAAUGUCGUUAAACCGCUCUUAUCGAUUUUAACUCUUCAAGUAGAUUAUCCGCCAUGACUUUCAAAGUUAAAAUAUCACGUGUUCAUGGUGCUUAUCCAAAUACAUACAGUGCGAAUUAGUUUCGGUUUGACCAUCGAAAAAGUGUUAAUUACGUGUAGUGAUAUCGUGGCAAGAUAAUGAACAAACCAUCUAUGUAAAUCUAAUGUGAUUGGAGCCUAUCGUAGUGCGGAGGACGAAGCUAUAGAAUCGCAUUAAAUCCGGAUAGGUCACGCAAUAACGGAAUUAUCAGUUAACGGUUUUUUCGAGCUACACAGCACAAUUACAAAGGGAUGUAUACGCAGGGGCGCAAUUGUUACUUUAGGGUGAGAGGCGCAUGAAAACGGAGACUUCAGGACUGUACAUAGGAUCUCGGAAGCACUGCUCAAACAAUGAACUUGUAUUAUAUUGACAAUAAACGCGCGCUAAGCUACGCUCGCAUCGGUAUUUUUUUUAUCUCGUAAAUAAGAUAAUAAAAUUCAGAGGAAAGAAACGUUAAUGUCCAAUUAUGAAUUAAUACGUAAAAAUGCAAACGUUGUUAUUGGUAGAGAUGAUUUUACAUUUAGAGACUCUGUGCCAGCCAGAGUCCUUUUUAGAGACGGAAACAAUAUUAGAAAAUCACGUAUUUCGUUGCCAAUCUCGGAUCCAGUAGAAGUAAGAUAUUCGAGAAUAAAAAGUAAUUUUCUAUUCGAAUAAGAAUACACGUUCUUAACAGAAUAAUUAGAUAAAAGUUAUUUCGAAUAUUUUCGUUUUAUUCGAAAUCUGUGUUCGAAGAUCCCUCGAAUAAUGGACACCUCCGUAUAACGGUAAAAACUGAAAGAAAGAGAGAAGAACCUUAAGCACCUUUGCACGAGUCAUCCCUGAGAACGUUCUACCGUUAGUGGUGGGGGUACAGAGGGGCUGCCUCUAACCGGCAGCGCCUGCAGUGACCGGCUGGUGUGUGCGAGCACCCGGGUAUCGAAAACGUGGAGGCGAAAAGUGGCAAGAUACGAGAUUGUGGUUUCCCUCGAAAAGAUCGAUUAUCCAAGGAUAAUAUCGGUGGACUAGCCCUUGAUCGUUGGUGUAAAGACGGAUCCGUUUGGUCGGUCGGUCGGUCGCGCGCGCGCCUCUAUCUCUGUCCGUCUGUCUCUCCCGUUUCCAUCGUCCGUCUCUUUCCAAGCAACGCAACGGGGAUAGAUCGGUGCGGAGUGACAGCGAUCGACUGGCUACGGGCUACGGGUACGACACUGCACGGGCAACCCUUGCGCUCUUUUUUUCCAAGGCUCACGCGGUUUUCCAUGUCAACGACACGCGCGCUCCUGCCAAGGCCAGCGUGCUACGCCCCGCACAGAGCAGCCUCCGUCAUCGUCGUCGCUGCUGCCGCCGUCACCGUCGACGUCGUCGUCGUUGUUGUCGUCGUCGUCGUCGUCGUCGUCGUUGUCGUUAAACGACCGAUACACGUAAUCGUGUUCGUCGUCGACGACUCGUCGUCUGCGUCGCGUCGGUGGUCAGAUUUCUGUUCGCGGUGGUCAUCGGUUUGGUGGUUAAGUUCAAAGAGGGCCGGCGAGCAUCGAAGUUCGUCCACGGCUAUUAGCAGGCUAAGGAGAAGGAGACACGACAGCGUCGCUCGUGCCAGCCUGAGAUGAGCGACCAUGGCUGCAUACACUUGAAUAAUUUCAAAGCAGCCAAGGGUAUCCAGCCGUACAAAGUGAUACACUCCUAUUUCGUGACCAGCACGUCGACCGAGGCACGCGUAAGAAAGGCUGUCAGCUGUUUGUGUCACACGUGUAAAACGUAUAAAGAUCGUCUUCACUCUUGUCUUCACUGUAUAUUCUUUGGCUGCUAUGUAAAAGGUCAUAUACAGGAACAUGCAAAGACGAAAAAGCAUUUUUUAGCCGUUGAUCUUUGUUAUGGAAAUAUUUUGUGCUUCCAAUGCGGUGAUUACGUAUACGAUAGAGAAUUAUUGACAGUUGCCAAAUCGCAGUGGAGCGAAUCGGCAAAAUCAUUGAGCUUCGGAGAAUUUUAUAGAGCAUGGGAACCGACGCAAAUAGAGGCAGAAUUGUUAAGAAAACAUCCGCGCAGAAGGCGCGUCGUAGAAAAUUCUACCAUAGGUUUAAGAGGACUCAUAAAUCUUGGAAGUACAUGUUUCAUGAACUGUAUCGUACAGGCACUCAUACACACACCACUGUUAAGAGAUUAUUUCCUUGCUGACCGUCAUCACUGCCCGCAACCGACUCGCUGCCUGGUCUGUGAAGUGUCCCACCUUUUUCAGGAAUUCUACUCCGGUAGCAAAGCACCGUUGACGCUUCACAAGCUUCUCCAUUUAAUCUGGACACACGCCAGACAUUUAGCUGGUUACGAGCAGCAGGAUGCUCAUGAAUUCUUUAUAGCUACGCUUGACGUCUUGCACAGGCACUGCGAAGCAGCGCCGAUCUUAGUAAAAGAUAAUCCACAUCAUUGUAAUUGUAUCAUCGAUCAAAUUUUCACCGGUGGUCUACAAAGCGACGUGGUUUGUCAGGCGUGCAACGGAGUGUCGACGACGAUAGAUCCAUUUUGGGAUAUUUCUUUGGAUCUGGGUCCAGCAGCUAGUGCGUCUGGUUCUGAUAGCUCUGGUCCUCCUACCUCGUUAUUAGAUUGUUUGGAAAGGUUCACGCGUGCAGAGCAUUUGGGAUCUAGCGCCAAAAUAAAGUGUAGCAAUUGUCAGACUUAUCAAGAGAGUACCAAGCAAUUGACAAUGAAGCAGCUCCCUAUCGUGGCCAGUUUUCACUUAAAACGAUUCGAACACUCUAGCAUUCAGGACAAGAAGAUUUCUACGUUCAUCUCGUUUCCAGAACAAUUAGACAUGACACCUUUUAUGUCACAUAGGCGGAACGGUAACAACAAUAGCGCGAUGAUGGACGGACUAGCAAAAAACGGAGAAGACAUGGCAUUCAGCGAUAAUAGGUAUUCCCUGUUUGCGGUGAUAAAUCACGAAGGUUCCUUGGAGACUGGACACUACACUGCCUUCAUACGGCAGCAAAGAGAUCAGUGGUUCAAAUGUGACGAUCAUUUGAUCACGAGAGCAAGAUUAAAAGAUGUCUUGACUAGCGAAGGGUAUCUUCUUUUUUAUCAUAAACAAAUUUUGGAGUACGGUCGAAAUACCAAGGUGUAAACGUUAGAUUGUAUAAUUAAUUUAUUUAUCACGAUGAAUCAUGGGCGGUAGACUUAAGUUUUCUUUAGUAUUAAAAAGAAAAAAAAAAGGGAGAAAGAGAGAGAGAGAGAAAGAAAGAAAAGAGGAAAAUCGUAAAAACAGUUAAUUCCGUUGUGGGAACUGUUUCGUACGUUUCAUCCGGCAUACGCAAAUUCAUUUAUCGGUUGGAUGUACAUGAUCUACGCGACAGGAAAUGAAAACAAAGAAACGCAGGCCUCAAAAGAAAAAGAUUCGAAAUUUCUAUUUGAAACGAUAAUCGUUAAAAAGUGAUUUCGAUGGAGUUACUUUUAAAAAUUAGACACAAAGAUUUAACGAACAACUAUAUUAUUACGCUUUGAUCGUACGAUUAAAAGAGAUAAAUUAGAAAUUAAUCCCUGUUAAAAAAGAGAAAAUAGUCGAGAUCGACCGGAUGUCGCUCUGAUAGCAUAGAUGUUUGUCGUGUUGUUACGAAACUUUGAAUUGUCAACUUUCAAAGAUCAAUAUAAAGAUCGCGUUCGUUGCUCUGUUUCAGUUUUCUAUUUCACCGUUUGUGGUUUUUUUACGUUCGACGAAAACUAGGCUGGCGCACACGACGAUCGAUUUCCCUGUUCGUGUCCCAAAGUAAUCAUAAGCGUAGUUUUAAGAUUAGCUCAAUUUUUUUAAAAUGAUCGAUCACAUUUUUGUACAUCGCUGACUGUUAUUAUAUUCCUGCCCUGACACUUGUAUACAUGAGACACCAGGGGUGGUUUACGCGAUUCGUAUCAUAGAUUAUGUAUCAAAAUCAUAUUUCAAUUAAUAAGUUCGUCCAUAGAUAAAAAUUAAACUAAAAAGCAUUAUCAAUUUACGUUCUAGUUUAUCGUGUGAGCCAUUCUUAGGUGUAUCAGUCUUGUACAAACGAGAUAACCUAUAGCAAAAAAUGAAUGAGGAUAACAUUAUCCAAGCAAGGCGAAUUAUUUCGCACGACUGUGACUAAUAAAAAUCAUUGUUUAACACAUUUUCUUUUCUGGUUGAUCGUUUUACCUUGCUGUACGAUCGCAAUGGUUUAGAAUAUAAAAGAGACAUCGAACUGAUAAAGAAUUCAGCAAUUUUAUCUUCACUUUCCGUAGAAUAAAUUAUACGAAAAGUGCCAAGUUUUGAAUUCUGUGUCUAUAAUUUUUUUUAUUAUAAUGAGUUUCCAUCUUGUGUUCAUUGUCGAAAUUUUCCGUGAUGUUUCCAUGAAACACUACUUAAAUAAACUCGUAUGUGUAAUAAUUUUAUGAAUAAUUAAAUAACACCCGAAGGAAGAUUAUCGUGAACAUCUAAUUGAUUUUCCAGUCAAAUAGUUCGUUCGAUUGCCCGCGUAGGCUACAAAAAUUGUUAAAACUAUUAACAGAGACUUGUGUGUGUAAUUAUAUUCGAGAACGAGGGAAGAUUCGAGUCUCGUUCAACGACGUGCAGAAUCACGUAGGAGAAAAAUAGGUGUCGUAAACUUUGUCGUUGCUCGACGUAUUCAUCGAACGUACGCGAUGCAACAAUCAACUGCACCUGUACGCCCAAUCUCAUCAAAUCUCAUGAUGUAUUGUGACACGACCAAUAAUAUCUAUAUAUUUGGAAGUUCGUAUAACGCGUGCAGUUGUAAUGUUUUAUAUAAGGCUGAACGUAUACAGAAAUAAAGUUAUAUUUCGUCGA